AUGCUUAAUACCAGGCUCUUUUUAAAAACAUCGAGAGCUUGCCAACGGCUCUAUUCAACCGUUCCCUUGGCUUUUGAUAAAUAUUCCAUUAAGCCUUCCACAGAACCACCUGUUUUGAUUUGUCAUGGCUUAUUUGGAUCCAAACAAAAUUGGUCUUCAUUAGCUAAAGCCAUGAGUAACCGCUUAUCCCGCGACGUCUACACCAUCGAUCUUCGUAAUCACGGUGACAGCCCACAAAGUAACAUUCACACUUACGAAGCCAUGACCCAUGAUCUCGUCGAAUUCCUUUCCCAACACAACCUGAAGGAUCCAAUCUUGUUGGGCCAUUCCAUGGGCGGCAAAGCUGUGAUGGCGGCAGCUCUGAGCAAUCCCGACCUGGUUUCGAAAUUAGUUGUGGUCGACAUGCCACCCGUUGCUAUGCACCUGUCAAAGAACUUUGCAACCUAUGUCGACGCCAUGCGAGCCAUCGAAGAAGCGAACCCGACCAAGCAAAGCGAAGCGGAUAAGAUCCUGUCCCAGUUCGAAUCCAAUGUCGGUGUGCGUAUGUUUUUAUUGACCAAUUUAAAGAGAAAUGCGCAAGGAGAGUUACGUUUUAGAGUGCCUUAUGAAACACUGGGUACAUCCUUGGCCAAUAUUGGGGGUUUCUUGGAUCAUUCGACUGUCGAGCCCUUCGGAAAGCCCACCUUAUUUAUCGCAGGAGGAAAUAGUCCGUACCGUAAACCCUUCCAAGAUCAGAAAAAAGAAAUUGAUGCCUUAUUCCCGAAUUCAGAGUUACAGGUCGUUGACGGUGCUGGUCAUUGGGUGCACGCCGAAAAACCAGACAUCGUUUUAAAUCUAAUCACUUCCUUUGUAAACAAGCAAUAA